GUGAGACGCGAGCAGCGGUGCGAAGCGUUGGACGUGCCUUCAAAACACUACCAGGGCGGCGUCUAGCGGCAUUCUUCGAGAGUGACAGAUACCUGUGGAUUGACAGUCGCGCAACUUGGCGGUCGGUGGCUUCGCAGUUACUGAGUCAGCGAGCACAGAGGCGCCGAGGACACAGAUAUUAUCGAGGGAGAGUCACUGACAACGAACGAAGAUGUCUACUGGCGUGCUGUUUAAGAGCUGCUGCUGCGGCUGCACGCUCAAGACGGGCACCAUACUCAUAGCCCUCUGGUACCAGGCGGCCAGCGUGGUGCAGCUGGCGACGAUGGUGUACCGCUGGGAGACGGGCGACUACAUGGGAGGCUCCAACGACCAGACGCUCCAGCGCGUCUUCAACCAAGAAGAGGCCAACCUGCUUCGCCGCCCGUACCUCAACUCACUGGAGAUCAUGUAUACAUAUCCGCUGCUGAUCAUCAGCCUUAUGAUGAAUGUGUUUGAGGUCAUAAGUUGUGCAAUGCUUCUCUAUGGAGCCAUGAAGGAACGUUAUGGAUUUGUUUUGCCAUGGAUGAUCAUAGAGACCCUCAUUGUCUCUUCAAGCUCUGUAGUCAUGGUGCAGGUCUCCUCAGCAUUCCUGUCUGACAAAGAAUUCUAUGCAGCUGGUAUCGUUGGCCUUCUAUUCUGCUGUGCAUUUGUGGUCGUCAAUGGAUAUCUCAUUCUGGUGGUGUACAGCUUCUACAGAAGCCUCCGAAUUCAGCUCAGCUCCAAGCAACUGCUCAUCAAUGAGGAGGCACCUGAGGAGAAGGAGAAGGAGCAGGAAAAGGAACAGGAGAAAGAAAAACCCAAAACAGGUCUGGACGCUGUCGUCUUCACCAGGCCAGUGCUUCACCUUGGCGGCAAGGACAACUACUCCUCACUCAGUGAGGCCUAGAUUUCCCAGCUUGUUUGUUUUUCUACUUCCAAACUUAAUAAUUUGCUGGGAAAAAAAUAACGGAUAAUUUUAUGUACAUUGAAGUCGCUUGUUAACUGCAGGAGGGGGAAAAAAAUACUGAAAUUAAGAUUUGUUUUUUUUCUACUUCCAAACUUAAUAAUCUGCUGGGAAAAAAAUAACAGAUAAUUUUAUGUACAUUGAAGUCGCUUGUUAACUUCAGGAGGGGGAAAAAAUACUGAAAUUAAGAUUACUACGAGCUACUUCAAAUGAAACCUAAGAAAUUACAGGGGUGUCUGCAUUGUUUUUAGGGAAUUAUCUGACGGCAUUGGUGGCAUGUUUACCUGGAGGUCAUUGCUGUUUAAACCUGUUUGUUGUUUAGAAGAUAUAUGUCAAUUCACCGUAUGCUUUAUCACUGUAACAUUGCUGUCAUGGUAUUAAAAUUUAACAAUACCAGGAUCAGGAAAUACUCCAUUGACUUCCAAAAAUCAGUUAAAAAAAGAGACUUUGUGAGUAACAUAUAGGUGUGUAUGAGUUUGCUACACAUUCCAUUUCAGUGCAAGACCUGUCUCACUGGAAAUAAUUAUUAAUUCCUACACACCAAUUUUGUGAGUAAAAGUGACGUAUGUAUUUUUUUUUUCACUGACUUGGUAAGAGUUCUUAGACAAUGUGGUUUUGACCAGCCCAAUAAAGUGACUCCUGUAUGUCACCGGGUUUUAAAAUUACUUACACAUCAACAUUCACUCUGCAGUCUUAGGCAUAAAAUAGUGUACAGGAUUGCUGGGGGCUAGAAAUGUGUUGGAUGUUGAUUUUUACAUGAGUCAGUCAUUCUUACUGAAUUAUAUUACUAAAAUCUUAGGAGAUACUUCCAUGUGGAAAAUAGUGGAGAGUACUAUUUUGGAAAAUUUAAUCCUAGAAAUUUUCACAGCAGAAUGUUUCACUGUGUAUUGGGAAUUAUCAGUAGGUGUGUAAAACAAUAUUAUUUAAGUAUGACUUACCCUUAUUGCUUUGACAAUGGGCACUUUCUCCACUGAGAAAAAGUUUGAGCUGACCAACUCAUAUUUGGGAGUGGUCUCCAGAUAACUAACUAAUUUUUUCUCAUACAUCUGCUAUGUUUUCUAUUUUUGUAAGUGUUUUGUGAACUAUUGCUCCCAGUAAUAAAUAUGAAGAAUGUAGUGAACAUUCUCACAAGAAAUUCCAGUAUUUAAAUAUAGUUUGUUACAUUAGUCUCUACUAAAGAAUUUCAUUAAUAUUUCAUAACUCUGAUAAACCAAAGUCUGGUUGAUAGUAUUACCGUAGAGCUUUGCACAGCUUGUACUACAGCUUUUAGAUUUUUCUUUCUUUUUUUUUUGUGGGGCAAUCUUUACUGAAGAAUGUUGGUGCACUUGCAAUUAUUUUAAUUUUUAGAAAUCUGACUCUCAACUUAAUAAUAACAUGUAUUACAUACAUAAUAUAUGCAAAGAAUAAAUGCCAAGUAUUUUUGUAAUAUUGUAUUGUUACAAACUUACAUUUUCUUUGCCAAUUGUAUGUAAUUUGUUGUGAUGUAUCUCUCUUAAUUAAAUACAUUAUUUUUUUGUUCUACACACA